CGCCGCGGCAUCCUGCCCGGGCGCUGAGCUGCCCCGACACCGCGCUGCGCCCACCGCCCCGGUGCCCUCGCCGUAGCCCGGCAUGACCCAACCGCAUCGGCUGCAAGGAUGAAGCGCUGCUGCCUCGGGGCGGCGUGGGUGAUCCUGGCAGCGCUGUGGUUGGCAGCGGGCGAGUGGCAGUCUCCGGGGUGCCAGGACUGCGCCGCGGCGCAUGGACUGCAGGUCGGGGUGCAGCUGCCCGCCCGCCCGCACAGGCACAGCGCCAGAGCCUCCUGCCCCGCCGGCACGAACUGGAUCGAGGGGGCGCGCCGGUGCUGCCAGCCGUGCCCCGCAGGAACGUUCCUGGUCCGUGCCUGCUCGAGCCACGGCAACGCCAGCGCCUGUGCCCCCUGUCCCGCCGGUACCUUCCGCUCUCAGCCCAACACCUUCUCCAAGUGCCAGGCUUGCUACGAGUGCGACCGCCAAGCUUCCCAGAGCGUGCUGAGCAACUGCUCGGCCACCAGCAACGUCGCCUGCGGCUGCGAGCCCGGCCGCUUCCGCGACUGCGUCGAUGAGCACUGCAGCCACUUCUCCUGCCGGCAGUGCCAGCCCUGCACCGGACGCCUCAUCCAGCGGCCCUGCACAGAGGCGCAGGACACGCUCUGCGGCAGCUGCAAACCCAACUUCUACGCCGAAGGCAGCGAGUGCCGGCCGUGCCAGCUGAGCACCCCGGAGACGUGCGGCAAGGACUGCCAGCGGGUGUGUGGUGGCGGCAGCCGAGGCUCAGGGCUGGAGUACCUCCUGCUCUCGCUCACGGGGCCCCUCUUCCUCGGUGCUCUCGCUCUUUACCACAAGAGGAAACGGCUCCGGCACGGCACCCCGGCGAGCAGCCCGGUGCCAGCGGCGCAGCCGGCCAACACCGCAGCCCGGUGCCAGGUCAGUGCCGAGAAACAGGACAGCAUGUGUUGGACGCAGCAGGCGGUGAAGCACGUUACCGGCACAGCGCACCGCAGCCCUGAGCAGCGAACGCUACUGUGGGAGCAGCCCAGCGGCGCCGCGGCGCAGCCGCACGGCGAGGGGCAGCUUUCCCCCCUGCUGCAAGGCAGCCAGCUCUACGCCGUCAUCGAGGCGGUGCCGGUGCGGCGCUGGAAGGAGUUCAUGCGGGUGUUGGAGCUGCGGGAGGCCGAGAUCGAGCUGGUGGAGCUGGAGGUGACGCACAUCCGCGACCAACAGUACGAGAUGCUGAAGCGCUGGUGUCAGCAGACCAGCGCCACGCUGGACCGCGUCUUCGCCGCUCUGGAGCACAUGGAUCUGGCCGGCUGCGCCGAGGCCCUGCGCCGGAGCCUGUCGGCGCGGCCAUGAGCGCGGCAGAGCCACGGCCUGGCGCCUCCGACCCCUAAGUAGUGUUACUUAUGCCGUGUAGACAUUUUAUGUCACUUUUAUGUCCCACCCUCCGCUAUUUAUGUCCUCCCGGUGCCGGCGGGGGCUCAUGCCCCGGCGUGCCGGCUGCUCGCGGGACGAGUGGGCGCCGACCCCGCCAUGAACCCAUGGGAUAGUUCUCGAGGGCGCCCGCUGCGGCGCGCCUGCCCCCACCCCAAUA